CAUCCAUAAUUCCUUGGGGAGAAGUUACAUAAAACGGGGGGCCACCACUAAGAUGUCCCACAGGAAUCAUCUGAACCAGCAAGAAGGAGUCAUCCUAGCAAGGCCAGGAGUGAUAUAUGGGCCUCCAAUGAGAUGGGUGUCCUCUCAGGUGCCCAGGGAUUCCAGUCUUGAUGCCUGCCACCCAGUGAACAAAGCAGAAGUGACACCAAAGUUGCCCUUUCUCAGGAGAAGCUCUGACUCCCUGUCCCAAAGGUGGUCUUCAGAGAAGUCUGUCUCUCAGUUUCAGCCCUUCUUCUUCUCUUCCAGACAACAACUUUGCCCCAGCCAUUUCACAUGAUGCUGAUGUUGCUCAUUCUUGUCUCUGUGAGCUGGAGUAACAUGCCAACACAUGGAGAGGUGGUGGACUCCUUCCAAGACAAUUGUCCUCAGUUUUUCCUCCGAGGAACUCCACCAGACAUAAGGCUUCCUCCACGCCCUGCCCGCAUUUGCCAGCGUUAUAGAAACCUGUAUCGUUUUGCCACUUUGUAUGAUAAAGACAAUCGCAUCCCAGUAUAUUCAGCUUAUAUCUACAAUCCUGGGAAUGCUAAGAGACCCAGAAACUGGAUGGUUGAACCCCAGCUCAUUUGUUCAACAUUCCAACCUGCAAUGGAAACAGAAUGGGACUUCCUGAAUAAAAAGGGGUCCAAAGAAGCUCUCCAGGGCAGCCAAGCCAUCUUGCAAGAUUACAAGAACCUUACUGAUUGCAACAGAGGCCAUCUUAACCCAAAUGGACACCAGCCUGACUACAAUGCCAAGUCAUCUACCUUCACCCUGACGAACAUCGUCCCGCAAUACAUAAAGCUCAACGGUGGAGCCUGGAACAACUAUGAGCAAACAACAAUGCUGGAGAUGACCAAAGGAUGCCAGGAGACAUUUGCGGUGGUGGGAGCAGUGCCAGGGGACACCUACAUAGCUGGAGGGCGGGUCAACAGGCCCAGCUAUUUGUGGUCUGCGGCCUGUUGUGUGAUAGACAACAAUCAUCUUAGAUCCUGGGCCAUCCUUGCCAGGAAUGAACAAAAUGUGGUGCAAAAGUUGUCUUUAGGCCAGUUGGAGGAUAAGCUUGCACAGCUGUAUAAUGUGAAUCAUGUCUCCCUGUUUCAUAGUGACUGUCCCCGGCAAUAAAAUAUUGUCC